AUGAACUUUGCGGAGGCAGAGGACUCCAAGAGGUACUGCAUUCGAGGCAAACAUGCGGCCGCGAUCUGCGCCACGGUGGUGGCUGUGGGGUUGAUCGUGGGACUCUCCGUCGGCCUGACCAGGUCAUCGUGCGGCCCAGCGGACAGCGCCCCCACCUCCCCCUCCACCUCCACCUCCACCUCCACCUCCGCGCCCCCCAGCUCCGGCCCCCCCGAGGAGCAGGGGGUCUGCCCGGCCAGCGAGGACGAGAGCGGCGGCUGGAGGGAGUUCAGGCUGCCCGCCUGGGUGAGCCCGGUGCACUACGACCUGGAGGUGCAGCCGCUGCUGGAGGCGGACACGUACACGGGCUCCGUGGCCAUCGCCGUGAACCUGAGCGCGCCCACGCGCCACCUGUGGCUGCACCUGCGCGAGACCCGGGUCAGCCGGCCCCCCGCGCUGGCGGCGCCCGCGGGGGCGGCGGUGCGGCUGCGGCGCUGCUUCGAGUACCGGAGGCAGGAGUACCUGGUGCUGGAGGCCGAGGAGGAGCUGCCGGCCAACGCCGCCCAGGGCCCCUUCUACACCCUCACCCUGCACUUCGCCGGCCAGCUCAACGGCUCGCUCGUGGGCUUCUACAGGACCACGUACGUGGAGAACGGGCAGACCAAGAGCAUAGCAGCCACUGAUCAUGAACCAACAGAUGCCAGGAAAUCCUUCCCUUGUUUUGAUGAGCCCAACAAAAAGGCAACUUAUACAAUUUCUAUCGUCCACCCCAAAGACUAUAAGGCUCUUUCAAAUAUGCCGGUAGAGAAAGAAGAGCCAGUGGAUGACAAAUGGCAACGAACAGUUUUCCAGAAGUCUGUUCCCAUGAGCACUUACCUGGUGUGCUUUGCUGUGCAUCAAUUUCACCCCAUAACGAGAAUCUCAAAGAGGGGAGUACCUCUCACUGUAUAUGUCCAGCCAGAGCAAAAGCACACAGGUGAAUAUGCUGCCAACAUAACUCAAAUUGUGUUUGAUUAUUAUGAAGAAUACUUUGGUAUGAAUUAUUCACUUCCUAAAUUAGAUAAGAUCGCUAUUCCAGACUUUGGCACCGGGGCGAUGGAGAACUGGGGACUCAUCACGUACCGGGAAACGAACCUGCUGUAUGACCCCCAGCAAUCGGCCUCCUCCAACAAGCAGAGGGUUGCUGCUGUGGUUGCCCAUGAACUUGUUCAUCAGUGGUUUGGAAAUACUGUGACCAUGGAUUGGUGGGAAGACUUGUGGCUGAAUGAAGGCUUCGCGUCCUUCUUUGAGUUCCUGGGAGUAAACCACGCAGAAAGAGACUGGCAAAUGCGGGACCAGAUGCUACUUGAAGAUGUACUACCUGUACAAGAGGAUGAUUCUUUGAUGUCUUCACACCCCAUUGUCAUCACGGUGUCAAAUCCAGCUGAAAUAACAUCUGCUUUCGAUGGAAUAUCCUACAGCAAGGGAGCUUCCAUUCUGAGAAUGAUUGAAGACUGGAUAACACCACGGAAUUUUCAAAGAGGGUGUCAGAUUUAUUUGGAAAGAUACAAAUUUAGGAAUGCAAAAACUUCAGAUUUUUGGGCAGCUCUUAAAGAGGCAAGUAAUCUGCCAGUGAAAGAAGUGAUGGACACCUGGACCAAACAGAUGGGUUAUCCUGUCCUUAAUGUGAAUGAUAUGAACAACAUCAAACAGAAACGCUUUCUAUUGGACCCAAAAGCUAAUCCUUCUCUGCCACCUUCAGAGUUUGGUUACACAUGGAAUAUUCCAGUUAGAUGGAGUGAAGAUACAGAGUCACUUAUUACCUUCUACAAUAGGUCAGAAACAGGAGGAAUCAGUUUGAAGCCUUCUAAUUCUAGUGGAAAUGUUUUUCUCAAAAUAAACCCAGAUCAUAUUGGGUUUUAUCGUGUAAAUUAUGAAACAUCAACUUGGGACCAGAUCAUUACCAAUCUUUCCUCCAACCACAAGGAUUUUUCUUCUGCUGACCGUGCAAGUUUUAUUGAUGAUGCUUUUGCCUUGGCAAGAGCUCAACUUCUAGAUUAUGGGGUGGCUCUGAACUUGACCAAGUAUCUCAAAAUGGAAAAUGAAUUUUUACCAUGGCAGAGAGUUAUUUCAGCUGUAUCCUAUAUCAUCAGCAUGUUUGAAGAUGAUAAAGAGCUAUACCCUGACAUUGAGGAAUACUUCCGAGGCCAAGUGAAGCCGGUUGCAGAUCAUCUGACAUGGAAUGACACUGGAGACCACCUCACAAAGUUACUCCGCACCUCUGUGUUAGGGUUCGCAUGCAAGAUGGGAGACCAAGAAGCCUUGGGCAACGCUUCCCAGUUAUUUCAGCAGUGGCUCACUGGGACUGUAAGCAUUCCUGUAAAUCUCAGGCUUCUGGUCUAUCGUUAUGGGAUGCAGAACUCUGGCAAUGAGUCUUCAUGGAACUACACACUUGAACAAUAUCAGAAAACUCCAUUAGCUCAAGAAAAAGAAAAGCUGCUGUAUGCAUUAGCAUCAAUCAAGAAUGUUACUAUUCUGUCAAGGUAUUUGGACUUGCUCAAGGACUCAAACCUUAUUAAAAGUCAGGAUCUGUUUACAGUCAUCCGAUAUAUCUCAUAUAACAGCUAUGGGAAGAGCAUGGCCUGGAAUUGGAUACAGCUCAACUGGGAAUAUCUAGUCAACAGAUUCACACUCAAUGACAGGACCCUUGGCCGGAUUGUCUCAAUAACAGAGUCCUUCAACACUGAGCUCCAGCUCUGGGAGAUGGAGAGUUUCUUCAAAAAAUAUCCGGAAGCUGGAGCAGGAGAGAAACCUAGGGAGCAAGCGCUGGAAACAGUGAAAAACAAUAUUGAAUGGCUAAAGCAAAAUAGAAAGAGUAUAAGCGGAUGGUUUUCGGGAUUACCCAAGAGUGGAUAA